UUCACAACUUCAUUUGGACCAUUUUGAUAGGCUUUGCCGUGGAAAUUGGAGAGAUGUUAGAAAUACAAAUAAUCAAGAUUGAAGAUCCAGGAUGUCUGUGGGCUCGAGUUCUGAAAGGACCAGGCAUUCAGCCGGACAGUCCAGAGGAAUAUGAGAGCCUGAGAGUGAAAAUUAACCUCUUCUACCAUGAGGUCGACCUAGACGUUCAAAAACUAAAGCCUGCUGAACUGAAGGAGGGGCUGGUGUGUGUGGUGUUCAGUCUGGCUCUGAAGAGUUGGUGUCGAGCUGUAGUCGAGUCGGUCUUUCAGGGGAUGGUGGACACUCAGGCUUGGUGCUUGUUAGUGGACCACGGAGAUCGAAUCAUCGUCAGAGCAGAUGAUGUAAGAACUCCUCUUGAGAAGUUCCUGCAGCUUCCUUUCAGAGUGAGAUGCUUUAAAUUGGCUGGAAUUCGUCCGAUGACACUGCAGGUGCCCAUCUCUGAAAACACAGCAGAGCUUGUUCCAUCUUCAACAUGGGACAGCUCUGCCACAAAAUACCUGCACAAUCUAUUACAAGUGUCGACUCUGGUUGAAGCCGUUCUGUGUGAAACGCAGGCAGGCUGCUCUGUCAUUGAGCUCUACUUGACUAUCAAUAAUAUAAAGAUCUGUGUGAACCAUGAGCUCGUGGCGAAGAAGUUUGCCUGUUUCGUGAGUGAGAAGUCCAGUGCGCUGGAAGAGAACAGGAAUGGAGAUCGCGCUCCUAUCAGCCUGGCGUGGGACAUCUACUCCAGCCCUAACCAGCUCCUAGAAAUGAAAGGACGCUGCCCUGUCAAAGCUCCGCCAUCAGAUAUUCUCAUCAGAAAAGAGCGGAAAGAUGAUCCACAGACAGAAACAGAAGAAGCUUCUCAUUCUGAGAAGCAGAAACCACAGGUGUCAGAGGAAGCACACAUGCCAUCUCAGGUUAACCCUCGAGCUCCUAAACUGACCCGCAAUGCUGGAACCGAUACUAUUGGCAGAGGAUGGCGUAUCAGAGCCGAGGCCACUGACAUCUUCACAGAUGAACGCUGUGGUCAGACUGACAUACACAAGCCUCGAUACAUGAAGUUUAACACACUUUCACAUUCAAAGCAGAUUCCUCAACCUGAUCAAACCGAUAAUAACAGCAUUGCUUCAACAUCAGCUGCAAGCUCACCAUCAUGUGCGAGUGACUCCUCUAAAGAGCAGAAAGUGGCAGCUCUCUCACAAGAGCCCAGUCUUGAAGAUCAACUGACCUCUUCUAGACUUAUGCAGUUUCUAAACCCUGAUCCACUCAAUCCAGACCAAGAGUCUCUUGAUGCCAAAGUUGAACGCUGUGAUCCGGGACACUUAGGAGUUAUAGUGCACGCCGCCCUUCGUGUUGAACCCUGCAGUAACCUGACACGUGCACCCAUCAGUGAGCAGUUCAGAAAGUUCCUGUUGUGGAGGAAGUAUAAUGGACCGAAUGUAGCAGAGAGUUACUGUUGGCCCGCUGUGGCACGAGGUUUUGACACAGUACUGGUGUCACACAGCGGAGACAAUCCUCUGUCCUACAUUCCUCCUCUGCUGAUGCUGUUACAGACGGUUUCUGUCGUCUCCAGUCUCGCUGCUCGCACUGGGCCCAUAGCAGUGAUCCUGUGUCCAGGGUGGGAGAAGGUUCAGACAGUGCUGGAGCUCCUGGAGGACAGUAAAGCAACUUACAACCUCCAUCCCACCAGUGUGCUGCUGGGUGUGGACCAGGAAGAGCCCAAAAAGUUCAAGAUCCAGAGGAACUGCCAGUUGCUGGUUACAACACCGUUUACCAUGAUGAGGCUGCUGGAUGCUCAGUGCUUCCUGUUCCUGAGACUGUGUCACUGGACCAGGAAGACCCCAAAAAGUUCA